AUGCCAAAUUUAGGUAGUUACUGGAGCACCAAACAUAGAUAUAAAAACAAUGUGGCACAAAAAACAAUGUCUAGAAAUCGCUUCGAAUUACUUCUAAGAUUUUGGCACUUUUCAGACAAUAAAAAAGCCCCUGAAGGUGAUCGUAUUUAUAAAAUACAUAAUAUAAUUGAUAAAAUUGUAAACCGUUUUCAAAAUGUAAUGGAACCAGGCGAGGUAUUGGCCGUUGAUGAGACUAUGGUACCUUUUCGUGGCAGAUUAUUAUUUAGACAAUAUAUACCAGGGAAAGCUCAUAAGUACGAUGUAAAAUUGUUUAAACUUUGCGGAACAAAUGGUUAUACUUAUAACGUUCAAGUUUAUGGAGGAAAGAGUCAAGUGGAUGGAAAGAGAUUGGGUUGUAGAGUUGUUCUAGAUCUAAGUAGAAGGUAUUUAAACAUGGGACGUACAAUGGUCACGGAUAAUUUUUACACUUCAAUUACACUUGCAAACGAACUUUUAACUAAUGAUACACACCUAGUUGGAACUCUGCGAUCAAAUAGAGUAAAAUUACCUGAAAUAACAAAAAAAAAGUGA